AUGAUUGAAUACUUAUCUGUCGCUAAUGACGACAAAGGAUUGCUAAAGAAGAGUGAAGAGGUUCAAUUCAGAAUAUUAGACUUCGUCACACUUCAAUUCUUUGAACUCAUUGGUCAUAUCGUCGGGAAAGCUCAUCUCCGGAAAGCAUUACAUCGAUGGAUUUCGUUGAACAACGUUAAAAAGACAGUCUGA